ACCACCGCCCCAAAAAUAUUCCGCCGCUUAACUGUUUCUGCAAGCAAUUUUCUUUUCCGCAUCGAAGAAGAAGCUUACGUGUGGUCCGUAUACAUAUUUUCUUUCGGCACAAUGUUUGAUUUAAAGAGUGACUAUUGUUUCAUCCAUGGGAACUCAUUCAUUUUGUCUUCAAUUUUUUCUUUUUCCUUUGGUUUUCUCCCUCUUUCCGUUUACCUGAAAAGCCCUCACUAUCAUUGCAUCCUCACCCGCAUCCACAUCCAUCAUCCAUCAUCCAGACUAUGGUGUAUCCGGCGUCUAUCUGUAACCGGUCAAGUCGAGUAUUAUCAAAAAGCUUUUGGUUUUCUCUCCGGUUUUCUUUUCGCUUGGCAAGUCAUCCAUCCCUCCAAAUCUUUCUACUUUGUUCGCGCUCAAAUGUGGCCAAACCGGUUUUUGUCGUCAAAGGCAUCGUCGGUGAUGUGACUCUCUUUUUCAUCGGGAAACGCUGACGCGUCCUCCCCAGGUUCCUCUCAUAUGGAUUGCUGCCCG